CGAUUGCGAGCGAGCAAAUGCAUCAGGUUUUUGAGGCCUGAGGGAGCAGCGGCAAUCGACGGAGUAGAAGGAGAGGGAGAGGAUCUGUGUGGGAAUAAUUCAGGGUAGGGAAUUCAGGAUUUAGGGAGAGAGGGAGGAAAAAAGACGCGGGGAAUUCGUGCCGGUAAAGGUAAAAGAUAAACCAAAAGCUCGUCUUCGACGUCGUCGGAUCUGCAACGGAGUCUUAGAGUCGAUCCCAUUGUGAUUACAUUCAGGAUUUAGAACCACAGUGUGCCGUGUUGGAAGCGCCUCUUGUGUUUUUCUUGUAUUGUAGUAGUUGGUGGAAUUGGUUUCCGGAGGAUUUUGAAUUUGCGGAGACGCCGCGAUGGCUUCGUGGAAAUCCGUAAGCACUGUGCUAGCGAAAGAACCGAUUGGGAUUAGGUCGGCGCCUGCGGAGCUGAUCAAGGGCACGUCGAGCGUGAAGUUUUCCUAUCCUGCGAAGAAAGCGAGGUUUCAGAGAGCUAGGGUGGAGGCAGUGACUGACCAAACUGCGCGGCAAGCUGCUGUGAGAACGAGUCAGUACACAGGGAAAGAGAGAGUGGACAUUUUAGCUGAAGCUUUGCCCUUCAUCCAGAGGUUUCAAGGGAAGACCGUGGUGGUUAAGUAUGGCGGGGCGGCCAUGAAGGAUGAGUCUCUGAAAGAUGGAGUCAUCAAGGAUUUGGUGCUCCUGUCUUGUGUGGGCAUGAAGUGCGUGUUGGUGCAUGGUGGAGGCCCGGAGAUUAAUCAGUGGCUUGGAAAGCUUGGCAUUGAGCCUCACUUCAAAAAUGGCUUGCGCGUCACUGAUGCGGCCACCAUGGAAGUUGUGGAGAUGGUCCUUGUUGGCAAGGUGAACAAGUCUCUUGUCUCGCUUAUCAACAAGGCGGGUGGCUGCGCUGUUGGAAUGUGUGGGAAAGAUGGAAAACUUAUUAAGGCUAGGCCUCUUAGUGAUGACCUUGGCUUUGUAGGCGAAAUCACUGCCGUGGACACAAGCGUGGUGAAAGGAAUAUUGAACAGCGGCCAUCUCCCUGUUAUUGCUACAGUUGCCGCCGACAACGACGGGCAGGCGUAUAAUAUCAACGCCGACACCGCGGCGGGAGAGAUUGCUGCGUCUUUAGGUGCAGAAAAGUUAAUUCUUAUGACAGACGUACAGGGAUUGAUGCUGGAUCACAAGGACAGCAGCACUCUCGUGCCAGAGGUGAAUAUUAAGGGCGUCCGGAAGCUAAUUGAGGAUGGUAUUGUAACUGGGGGAAUGAUCCCUAAGGUUGAGUGCUGUGUGAAGUCCCUUGCGCAAGGCGUACAUUCGACGCACAUCAUUGACGGCCGAGCACCACAUUCUUUGCUUCUUGAGAUUCUAACGGAUGAGGGCGCUGGGACUAUGAUCACUGGCUGAUUACGCUUCUUCAUAACCCUUCAGUUACCAACUCUUGAACAUCCUCAACACGGUGAGCAGUUCCCAUGAGAUUUCAUACUGCUUCCACAUAUCUAAUCCCAACCUCAAUGGCCUCACGACUUACGGUCUAUGUUCGUGUCUUUCACUCUCGUGACUUGUCUUGAGAAGAGAGUUGCUUUUGGAGCUUUUCAGGUUGAAUUUUCAACCUGAAACUUUCAAGUUUGUAACGAAAUCAUCAUUUGACGUAUUCAUUAAACAAAGUGAGUGAACGACGCUGCGUCAUAUUUUUGAGUCCCAUCACUUAGUAAUACUUUAUCUUGAGAUACAGCACAAUGAGAGUUGUCCCCGACGUUAAGAUUAUGAAUGCCAAAUUUCUUGAUA